AUGGUAUAUAGUGGUUUAAAGCUCAUUUUCAAUAAACGAUUCUUGUUUAGUAUUAUUCUUCAUGUAUUACAAGGACUUAUCUUUGAAAAAAGUAAACUCUAUUAUCCAUAUACAUUCGAUAGAAAUAUUUUACUAAUGAAAACUGAUUUAUAUAAAUUUUAUCUUUCAAUAUGUUUUAUAUUUUUAAGUUUACCAUAUCUUUUAAGUAAACUUUCUCCAAAGAAAUAUUUUACAGCAUGUACAACCAUAGAAAAUCGUUAUCAAAGUUGGAAUUCAACCGAUAUACAAAUAGGUGGUCAUUUAUUAGCUGUAUCAAUGAUAUUAACUGGUUUUUGUCCUUCAUAUUUACCAGUAUAUUUAGCUAUAAAUCCGCUUUUAUUUCUUUAUUGUAUUGCAGCUAGCUUUACAGCUUAUAUGUUUUAUCAUAUUUUUGGUAGAUCAUUAUUUAAUCGAAUUAACCUUUCACCGAUUAAUAAUAACACGAAUAAUUCUUCUUCAAUAUCAAAUGAACAAGAUACUUUAAAUAACAUUGGAAGAUUCAUAAUAAUUUCCGUUUGUAUAUUAUUAGUGCUUAUAUUAGAAACAAGUCAGCCAUCAAUAUCAAAAGGACAUUCAUUAGAUGAAUUGUUUGAUUUAAUAUACUAUGGAGAUUAUUUACCACCAAGUUUAAGCGGGAUAUUAUGUGGCCUUAUAAAUUUCUUUUUAAUUUUUUUCUGUUAUGAAUAUCAAACAUUAACUAGUGAAUGGUUAAUAAAUCUUUUUUAUUAUGGAUAUAAUUUUACAAUAGGUAAAAGAAAUUUGACAGGUCAAUUAUGUGUUGAACAAAUAUUAAAAGUACUUGCAAUGGCAUUUGGCGUUCGUUUAUCAUUAAUGACUAGUAAACGACAAGAGAUACCAAAUAUAGAUUGGCUUUUUUAUUCAUUGGCUAGUUUUGGAUCAUUUUUUGGUGCUUUAUCUAUUUGUUUUACAACAGCAACAUUCAGUGAUCAUAUUUAUUUAAUAAAUGCAUUUAUGGGACGUAUAUCUAGUGAGGUGAUAUCAUUAACAAUAGGUGCUGCUUGGAUUUUAUUAUAUCUGAUUAAAUUAUUAGGAUUAUCAAAUCUUAAGUAA